AUGGCGAGGGACCGCGAGACCGGCGGCAGGGUGGCGCUCAAGCGAUUGAUGGUCAGCGUUGGCCAGGACGGCGUGCCCGGGAGCGUCAUCCGCGAGGUGUCGCUGCUGCGCGAUCUCGUCCACCCGAACAUCGUGCGGCUCAAGGAUCUGCAGAUCGUCGGCCUCAACGGGAUCGAGCUGAUCUUCGAGUACAUCAAGGACGACCUGCACCAGGUUUUGAAGGGCUACCGGAGGGAGGGCACCCAGCUGCCCAUGGAGAAGGUCGUGCGGUAUUCACAAGAUCUCCUCAACGGGAUCCACGCGUGCCACACGCGCAUGGUGAUCCAUCGUGACCUCAAGCCGCAGAACGUUCUCAUCCACCCCGAGGUCGUCACCCUGUGGUAUCGUGGCCCAGAGUUGCUGCUGGGGCAUCCCACCUACGACCUGCCGGUGGACAUGUGGUCUGCGGGGUGCGUCCUUGCCGAGAUCGCCACUGGCUGCCCGACAUUCCCCGGGGACUCCGAGAUUGGCACACUCUUCAAGAUCAUGCAGCUGCUGGGCUCCCCCACGGAGGCCACCUGGCCAGGCUUCGAGACCAGCCUGCCGCUCUGGAGCCCCCUGUACCCGAGCUGGCCGCCCUCCGGCCUCAAGACGAUACGCGACCAGCGCCCAGAGCUCGGCGAUGCCGGGAUGGACCUGGUCCGCUCCCUGCUGACCAUGAACCCCGCGGCCCGGUCGACUGCCCGGAAGGCCAAGGCCCACGCCUGCUUCUCGCGGCCCGGGGACGCCUCUGCCAUGCCGACCGCGGCGGACACGAGUGGCGCCGCCCCCGCGGGCAGCGCCGCCGCCGGCGAGGCGGGGCCCGCUGGCGCCGCGGGGGCGCGCGGCGCGGCUGCGGGGAGGCCUGCGCCAGGGCCGCGGCCCGGCACGCGCGGGCCGGGCGGGGCGGACGCCUCGGUGCCCACGAGGUACGAGGCCGUGCGCGUGCUCGGCUCUGGGGCCUUCGGGGCGGUUUUCAUGGCGAGGGACCGCGAGACCGGCGGCAGGGUGGCGCUCAAGCGAUUGAUGGUCAGCGUUGGCCAGGACGGCGUGCCCGGGAGCGUCAUCCGCGAGGUGUCGCUGCUGCGCGAUCUCGUCCACCCGAACAUCGUGCGGCUCAAGGAUCUGCAGAUCGUCGGCCUCAACGGGAUCGAGCUGAUCUUCGAGUACAUCAAGGACGACCUGCACCAGGUUUUGAAGGGCUACCGGAGGGAGGGCACCCAGCUGCCCAUGGAGAAGGUCGUGCGGUAUUCACAAGAUCUCCUCAACGGGAUCCACGCGUGCCACACGCGCAUGGUGAUCCAUCGUGACCUCAAGCCGCAGAACGUUCUCAUCCACCCCGUGGACGGCCUCAAGAUCUGCGACUUUGGCAUGGCCCGCCUCGCCUCGCUCACCGUCACGAGCUACACCCAGGAGGUCGUCACCCUGUGGUAUCGUGGCCCAGAGUUGCUGCUGGGGCAUCCCACCUACGACCUGCCGGUGGACAUGUGGUCUGCGGGGUGCGUCCUUGCCGAGAUCGCCACUGGCUGCCCGACAUUCCCCGGGGACUCCGAGAUUGGCACACUCUUCAAGAUCAUGCAGCUGCUGGGCUCCCCCACGGAGGCCACCUGGCCAGGCUUCGAGACUAGCCUGCCGCUCUGGAGCCCCCUGUACCCGAGCUGGCCGCCCUCCGGCCUCAAGACGAUACGCGACCAGCGCCCAGAGCUCGGCGAUGCCGGGAUGGACCUGGCCCGCUCCCUGCUGACCAUGAACCCCGCGGCCCGGUCGACCGCCCGGAAGGCCAAGGCCCACGCCUGCUUCUCGCGGCCCGGCUCAGCUCCACCGAGGGGCGCCCCCUCCUCAUGA